CCCAAUGACAAACAGUCAACUGGCAGCGCGGGCUGUGUUGCCCAACCUGUGAAGCCAAGCGGCCGAGAUGUCACUUAUGUUCGUUGUUAAAGUUAUCGACGUGCUUUAAAAUGCAACACAAGCAAACAUGACGUUGUAGAGCCGAGGCCUUAUCUGGGCCGGCUGCGGGGCAUGUGCAUGCAUGCGAGUCAGGGGCCCUGGCCGCUACCAGCCCCCUGCAUAUGAGGAGCUGUGCAACCGCAUUAGAGAGCUGGAGAGUGAGCAUUGCACCGCCGCCGCAUCAGCCUGCAGCCGCCGUGGUGGUGUGGCUGCCCUCAAGGCCUCCAACGGGGAGAUGAGUUGCCUUAGUCUGGUCCUUGUGAAGCGGCUCUCCAACAUCAGCAAGCACUUAUAGCUCAGUUGGUUAGAGCACCCGUUUAGUAUGAGCCUCAGAGCCCAGCACAAGCAGCGGGAGGUCUCCAGUUCGAAUCUGGAUAAGUGCAGUUUUGGUUUGUGCGCGGGAGGGGUGGGGCGCCGGUUCAACGCUGGUUGUUCGGCAAGUCAAGGCGGGGACGUGAAGCCGAUGUGAACCUGGUUGGGCAUCGGUGUCUAGCCCGCAUCGAGAUGGCGCCGGUUCAACGCUGGUUGUUCGGCAAGUCAAGGCGGGGACGUGAAGCCGAUGUGAACCUGGUUGGGCAUCGGUGUCUAGCCCGCAUCGAGAUGGCGCAGCGGAAGCGUGCGGGGCUCAUAACCCCGAGGUCCCAGGAUCGAAACCUGGUCUCGAUAUUAUAUGAAAUCUCUCCAUAGCUCAGCUGGAAGAGCGAAGGACUGUAAUCGAUGAUACAU